GCUCGCUAUCCUUGCGUGUGCGAUUAGAAACACGUUUCUACUGUAACGUUUUCAUAGGCAGCCAGUUGCUGACUAACUAAUGGUCCAGUAACUUGCAAGUUUAUCUAACAUUCAAAUAUACUCCGUUCUUACCUUCAGUUAUAUUUCGUAGUACAGCCUUUCGACAACAAUGUCAGUGAUAGACGAGGAACACGUGCGAGGUGGCGUGUUUAAAGACAUUAACCCAGAAGACGAAGAUGCUCAGCCGACUGAAAUCGAAAGUUUGUGCAUGAACUGCUACGAGACCGGAAAGACACGUCUUCUACUAACCAAAAUCCCAUUCUUUAGAGAAAUCAUCAUAAGUUCCUUCACAUGUUCCCAAUGCCACUGGACCAAUACUGAAAUUCAGUCUGCGGGUCGUAUCCAAGAGCAGGGAGUCUCCUAUACUCUCAAAUUAAAGUCCAAAGAGGAUAUGAAUCGUGAGGUUGUGAAGACUGACAGUGCCACUACCAGAAUCCUAGAGUUAGACUUUGAAAUUCCUGCAUUCACACAGAAGGGCUCACUGUCCACCAUUGAGGGACUGCUUGACAGAGCAGUAGCAGGGUUAGAACAAGACCAACCAAUAAGACGGGCGACUGAUCCAGACGUAGCAAACAAACUAGACCAGUUUAUUCAGAGGCUGAAAAAGCUGAAGGAUGUCGAGGAAGAGUUCACACUGAUAAUUGAUGAUCCUUCCGGGAACAGUUUUAUUGAGAAUCCAUUUGCACCGCAGAAGGACCAAGCUCUCUCUGUCUCUCACUACAAAAGGACUCCUGAGCAGAAUGCAGCCCUUGGAAUACAGGACUAUGAGCCAGAGCAAGACGAUAAGCCUGCCAACGAUCUGGAGACCAUGAGGAACGAAGUACUGGUGUUCAACACCAACUGCCCAGAAUGCAAUUCACCAGCCUCAACAAACAUGAAACUAGUCCAAAUCCCACAUUUCAAAGAAGUCAUUAUUAUGGCCACAAACUGUGACAGCUGUGGACAUCGAACAAAUGAGGUGAAAUCAGGUGGGGCCACAGAAGAGCUGGGAACUAGAAUUACUCUUCACCUCACAGACCCUGCAGAUAUGUCCAGAGACCUGCUGAAGUCUGAAACAUGUAGUGUGCUGAUCCCAGAGCUGGAAUUUGAGCUGGGCAUGGCAGCCUUGGGUGGCAAGUUCACCACUCUGGAAGGCCUCCUCAAGGACAUCAAAGAACUGAUCGUUACAAAAAACCCCUUCACAUGUGGAGACAGUGCAACUACAGACACAGCUGAGAAGUUGGAGGUCUUUGGGAAAAAGAUUGAUAAGAUUAUUGCAGGACAAAUGGAUGUCCACAUUAUCCUGGAUGAUCCAGCGGGGAACAGUUACCUGCAGAAUAUUUAUGCCCCAGACCCCGACCCCGAGAUGAAUCUUGAGAAGUACACACGAACAUUUGAACAGAAUGAAGACUUGGGACUGAAUGACAUGAAGACAGAAGGUUAUGGCAAGACUGAAAAUUAAAAGAAUGAGUUAUAAACCAGCAGCAGUGGAUUGAGGUCAACGUUUUUGUUCAGUCACAACCAUCCAGUACAGACCGAUUCAUUGAUUUGGCGCCAAAGAAGUGAGUUCCAUGUUAAAAAAAAAAACGCCAAUAUCACCUUGACCUUUUCAAGUGAAUACAAAAUGACCUGGUUUGCUUGCUGCUGUAUAGGAUUUUUUUUAAACAUUGGUUUGGGUGAACUAUGUACAUUAUGCCUGUGAUGGUAAAUACAUUACAACAACAAAGUUGUUAUAAAAUUGCAAAAACGAUUAUAAAAUGUACCAUGUUAUUCAGAUAGUACCUAAUUUAUGUUGAAUGUAUUAUGAAUAAUACAUACACUGAUUUUAUUUAAGAAUGAGUGUAAAUGACUGGAUUUUGUUUGUACAGUAAAAAUGUGUAUAAUAGUAAUGCAAAUAUUAUUUUGUUAAUGAUUAUAGGUGAAUGAAUGCAUAGCCGUCUCCUUCCCUGCUUUGUUGUUAAAUUUGGACAAUGAAUAUGGUGGAAAGGCAGGCCUGAUUUUAGACCUGAGCAACCGUGGAUAUUUACACUGGCUCACGACUGACCGUGCAAUGGUCGUAAAAACCAAUACAAUGCAGUAUUCUGCGGCUUUGAAAGAGAGAUCGAUGCACUGAGUGUCUUUGUGCCUUACGCAGGCGCUUGACAUUUAUUGAAACAAAACGUUAGAACAGCGGAGAAAAACAACAUGGUUCUUGUCAUUGAGAGCUAUACCGAAGACAAUGGAACCAGCAUUGGUCCACAAACUAUGAAAUACGCAGAUUGCCUUUUCACCUCGCCGAUGAGUAAGCCGUUUGUUUUUAGAUAGUCUUUUAAUGGCAAGUUAAGACAUGUCCUUUGGCCAUUUUUAGCCAGUGGUGUGGUAGUGCUGACUUUGAUAUGGACGC